AUGGGCGUGGAGAUCGAGACCAUCUCCCCGGGAGACGGAAGGACGUUCCCCAAGAAGGGCCAGACGUGCGUGGUGCACUACACAGGAAUGCUUCAAAAUGGCAAGAAAUUCGAUUCAUCCAGAGACAGAAACAAGCCUUUCAAGUUCAGAAUUGGCAAACAGGAAGUCAUCAAGGGUUUUGAAGAGGGCGCAGCCCAGAUGAGCUUGGGGCAGAGGGCGAAGCUGACCUGCACUCCUGAUGUGGCAUAUGGAGCCACAGGCCACCCCGGUGUCAUCCCUCCCAAUGCCACCCUCAUCUUUGACGUGGAGCUGCUCAACCUAGAGUGA